AUGCACAAGCACCAGCACUGCUGUAAGUGCCCCGAGUGCUACGAGGUGACCCGCCUGGCCGCCCUGCGGCGCCUCGAGCCUCCGGGCUAUGGGGACUGGCAGGUGCCAGACCCUUACGGGCCAGGUGGGGGAAAUGGAGCCAGUACGGCAUAUGGGGGCUACAGCUCGCAGACCCUGCCUUCGCAGGCGGGGGCCACCCCCACCCCACGCACCAAGGCCAAGCUCAUCCCCACCGGCCGGGAUGUGGGGCCAGUACCCCCUAAGCCAGUCCCAGGCAAGAGCACUCCCAAACUCAACGGCAGCGGCCCCAGUUGGUGGCCUGAGUGCACCUGUACCAACCGGGACUGGUAUGAGCAGGCCAGCUCCACAUCCCUCCUAGUGAACCACAAGGCCCUGGAGCCCAGUCUCUCCUUGAGUGUAAAUGGCAGCGAUGGCAUGUUCAAGUAUGAGGAGAUAGUGCUCGAGCGGGGCAAUUCUGGCCUGGGCUUCAGCAUCGCAGGUGGCAUUGACAACCCCCAUGUCCCUGAUGACCCUGGCAUCUUUAUUACCAAGAUCAUUCCUGGUGGAGCAGCUGCCAUGGACGGGAGGCUGGGGGUGAAUGACUGUGUGCUGCGGGUGAAUGAGGUGGACGUGUCCGAGGUGGUGCACAGCCGAGCUGUGGAGGCGCUGAAGGAGGCAGGCCCUGUGGUGCGGUUGGUGGUGCGGAGGCGACAACCCCCACCUGAGACCAUCAUGGAGGUCAACCUGCUCAAAGGGCCCAAAGGCCUGGGUUUCAGCAUUGCUGGGGGCAUUGGAAACCAGCACAUCCCAGGAGACAACAGCAUCUACAUCACCAAGAUCAUUGAGGGGGGUGCUGCUCAGAAGGAUGGCCGCCUACAGAUCGGGGACCGGCUGCUGGCGGUGAACAACACCAAUCUGCAGGAUGUGAGGCAUGAGGAAGCUGUGGCCUCGCUGAAGAACACCUCUGAUAUGGUCUAUCUGAAGGUGGCCAAGCCAGGCAGCCUUCACCUCAACGACAUGUACGCACCCCCUGACUACGCCAGCACUUUUACUGCCUUGGCUGACAACCACAUAAGCCAUAAUUCCAGCCUGGGUUAUCUGGGGGCUGUGGAGAGCAAGGUCAGCUACCCGGCUCCUCCUCAGGUUCCCCCCGCCCGCUACUCUCCUAUACCGAGGCACAUGCUGGCUGAGGAGGACUUCACCAGAGAGCCCCGCAAGAUCAUCCUGCACAAGGGCUCCACAGGCCUGGGCUUCAACAUCGUGGGAGGAGAGGAUGGAGAAGGCAUUUUUGUCUCCUUCAUCCUGGCAGGAGGCCCAGCUGACCUGAGUGGGGAACUGCGCAGGGGAGACCGGAUCUUAUCGGUGAAUGGCGUCAACCUGAGGAAUGCAACUCAUGAGCAGGCUGCAGCUGCUCUGAAACGGGCUGGCCAGUCAGUCACCAUUGUGGCCCAGUACAGACCGGAAGAGUACAGUCGCUUUGAAUCGAAGAUACAUGACUUGCGAGAACAAAUGAUGAACAGCAGCAUGAGCUCUGGGUCUGGGUCCCUCCGAACAAGUGAGAAGAGGUCCUUGUAUGUCAGGGCCCUGUUUGAUUAUGACCGGACACGGGACAGCUGCCUGCCAAGCCAGGGGCUCAGCUUCUCCUAUGGUGACAUUCUGCAUGUUAUUAAUGCCUCUGAUGAUGAGUGGUGGCAGGCAAGACUGGUGACCCCACAUGGAGAAAGCGAGCAAAUUGGUGUGAUCCCCAGUAAGAAGAGAGUGGAAAAGAAAGAAAGAGCUCGAUUGAAAACCGUGAAGUUCCAUGCCAGGACGGGCAUGAUUGAGUCUAACAGGGACUUCCCUGGGUUAAGUGACGAUUAUUAUGGAGCAAAGAACCUGAAGGGAGUGACAUCCAACACCAGUGACAGCGAAAGCAGCUCCAAAGGACAAGAGGAUGCUAUUUUGUCAUAUGAGCCAGUAACUCGGCAAGAAAUUCACUAUGCAAGGCCUGUAAUCAUCCUGGGCCCAAUGAAGGACAGAGUCAACGAUGACCUGAUCUCAGAGUUCCCGCAUAAGUUUGGAUCCUGCGUGCCACAUACUACGCGGCCUCGGCGUGAGAAUGAGGUGGAUGGGCAGGACUACCACUUCGUGGUAUCUCGAGAACAAAUGGAGAAGGACAUUCAGGACAACAAGUUCAUCGAGGCAGGCCAAUUCAAUGAUAAUCUCUACGGGACCAGCAUCCAGUCAGUGCGGGCAGUGGCAGAGAGGGGCAAGCACUGCAUCUUAGAUGUUUCCGGCAAUGCUAUCAAGAGGCUGCAGCAAGCACAACUUUAUCCCAUUGCCAUUUUCAUCAAACCCAAGUCCAUUGAAGCACUUAUGGAAAUGAACCGACGGCAGACAUACGAACAAGCAAAUAAGAUCUAUGACAAAGCCAUGAAGCUGGAUCAGGAGUUCGGAGAGUACUUCACAGCCAUUGUACAGGGUGACUCACUGGAAGAGAUUUAUAACAAAAUCAAGCAAAUCAUUGAGGACCAGUCUGGGCACUACAUUUGGGUCCCAUCCCCUGAAAAACUCUGAAGAAGCCCUUCCAUCCUUUCUCUUGUGAACAGAAGAAGUCAAGCCCCUCUUCCCUCCUCCCUCUUCAUUCCUGACCCCACGGGGAGAACAAAUGACUACUGUUCUUGUCCCCUUUUUUAGAUAUGUCAAAAAAAAUUGAGUUUUCUAGUCCUGUUCUGUUUUUUAAA